AUGGCCAGCGUUUCUCGUAUUGAUUGGCAGACGAGUGUGCUCACUGUGGUCAUAACGCUGAACAAUGGUGCGCCGGCGAUUGCGAGCAUCCUGCCCACAACAGAUAUAUCUAGUGUGUCGAUGACUUUUGUCCUCCCGGAGGAGGAGAUUGUCCCUCUAGCUAGCAUCCGACUCGUCGGCGAGGGGAACCAGCGGGACAAGACGUCCAAGGCGCUUGUGGGCAGCUACAUCUCGACACGACUGCGAUACCUCUCUCACAGUAAAGACAGUUUUGCAGGGUUCGAGGCCUUGGAUAUCUUGUCUGAAGACCCCGUCACGAAACUCAAAGUGACCACCCACCUGCGUGUAUACCAAGGCGUCCCCUGUCUUCGCGCGCAUACCACGGUGGAGAACGGCGGAACCUCUGACUUGGUCGUAUCUCAAGUCACAUCGCUGACCAUUGGAGCGCUGACUAGUGGCACCAAAUCCUGGUGGAGUGAAUUCACUGUCAGCUCGGCGACCAACACGUGGUUCCGCGAGUGCCAAUGGCAUGAGCGAACCCUGUCGGAGGUCGGAGUUGACCACACGGGCCAUUAUGAACUAAAUGAGGGUCAUCAUGCGUCAUUCUCCACAUUUGGUCACUCAAGUCGCGGCUCAUUCUCGACAUCUUCCUAUUUGCCUAUGGGGAUGAUCCGACGGAAAGACCGCCCGGAGGUCUGGCUGUGGCAGGUCGAGAAUAACGGCUCGUGGCGGUGGGAGCUUGGGGACUAUUACAACGAUCUAUAUCUGGCCGCUGGCGGGCCAACCUCGAUUGACCAUGGGUGGCAGUUAAGACUCUUGCCAGGUCAGACAUUUGAUAGCGUUCCCAUCGCGGUGUAUCAUGGCUUUCGGGGCGCCAACGCGGCGAUGGGCACCUUGACCGAGUACCGUCGGCGCAUCCGCCGCCCACACGAAGACAACGAGCGCUUGCCAGUCAUUUUCAAUGAUUAUAUGAACUGCCUGAUGGGCGAUCCGACCGAGGAAAAGAUUCUUGCGCUGCUGGAGCCUGUUAAGCGGUCUGGAGCUGAAUACUUUGUCAUCGAUGCGGGCUGGUAUGCCGAGGAUGAUGGUUGGUGGGAUGAUGUCGGCUUGUGGGAGCCGUCAAAGAGCCGGUUCCCAUCGGGAUUUGAGAACUUACUGGCAACCAUCCGCGACAAUGGUUUAAUUCCUGGCCUAUGGAUCGAGCCUGAGGUGGUUGGUAUGCGCAGCAUCCUCGCCCAGACCUUGCCGGAAGACGCCUUCUUCCACGAGCAGGGCGUGCGGGUACUGGAACGGGGCCGUUACCAGCUUAACUUCAGCCACCCUGCCGUACGGGAGCGCAUGGACUCGGUUAUUGACAAGCUGGUGGUCCAGUACGGCGCUGGGUACUUCAAGUUCGACUACAACAUUGAGGUCUGCUACGGAACAGACACAAACCCGGCCAAUCCGACAUGGACCAACCCCGGAGCAGGCCAUCUGGACCACCAGCGCGGAUAUCUCGGCUGGGUUGCAGCAAUACUUGACCGAUACCCGCACCUGGUAAUCGAGAACUGUUCGAGUGGCGGGCAGCGACUGGACUAUGCGAUGCUUGCAGUCCACCCGGUGCAAUCAACGAGUGACCAGCAAGACCCCGUGUUGUAUGCAGCCAUCGCAGCGGCGAUCCCCACCGCCGUGACACCUGAGCAGAGUGCGACAUGGGCGUACCCGCAGCCGACCUGGAACGAUGAGACCAAUGCAUUGACGGUGGUGAACAGUCUGCUGGGACGGGUACAUCUCUCUGGCCCGCUGAACAAGCUGUGUGAGACGCAGUUCGCGCUCGUGGCGCAGGGCAUCGAGGUGUACAAGGGCAUCCGGGCGGGUCUCAAGACCGCGCUACCGUUUUGGCCGGGCGGGCUACCCAAGUGGCACGACGAAUGGAUCUCUUUGGGGAUGAAACUGCGGGACAGUAGGUCCGUCUAUCUCUCUGUUUGGCGGAGGAGGGGUGAUGCCUCGACAAGGUUCCCGAUAUCUGUGUUUGCAGGACGGAGCAAUGUCACAGUGACCAUGCUCUAUCCUACCACGCUCGGGGGCAGUGGCCAGUGGAACAGCGAAGAGAGUUCCAUUGAGGUUUAUCUUCCUACCUCUGUUUCUGCACGUUUAUUCCUACUGGAGCUUGUUGACUAG